GUAGAAAGACAACCGUCUUGUAUUGCAAAAAAAAAAUAAUAAUAAUAAUGGAAUAACACACGAAAUGAUGCGAGUUAAUGAUGAUGAUGGAGCACAACAGUUAGCGACGACUGCAAGCUAACGUUUAUGAUACAUAGACAUUAGAUAUCUGAUGUCACUUCAUCCCCAUGUGCGCCAUUAAGUUUUGCAUUCUACAAGGAGAGAGUGUGCUGCCCAUGGAGCGAGGGCUGGUCCAUCCAGCUGCAUGGUACAAACGUCACAGCCAGCGGAGAGACGUCCCCUCACCCCACUGGACCCUCAAGAGCCUGCUUGUGCUAUUCUUGCACAAGCAAAGGCUAAUUGUUGGAGAGAGCAUAUCACAGUGCUUCUACUGUAAGUGAUCUCAAUGAGCGGGAUGUUGUUAUUGUCUUCAGAGGAGAACAUGGUUGUGCUCGGCGUCCUCCUGAGCCUCGCCGGCUGGGCGUCGCUCUACUUUGCCCUGUGUCAUGUCAACGGCCGUCGCAGCUGCGAAUGGAAUUGUCGUCUCGUCACCCUGCUGCACGGCAUCCUGGCUGUCUCCAUCACGGCCUACAUCGGUUAUGUGGAUGGACCCUGGCCCUUCACUUAUCCAGGUACAAAGAACACACCUCUGCAGAUAAGCGCCAUGCUGCUGAGCCUGGGCUACUUUGUCUUUGACAUGGCCUGGUGCGUCUACUUCCGUACCGAGGGAGCCGUCAUGCUGGCCCACCACACCAUGACCAUCCUGGGAAUCCUGCUCACUCUCUGGCUGGGGGAGUCCGGGAUCGAGGGCUGUGCCGUCCUCUUCGGCAGCGAGAUCACCAACCCUCUGCUUCAGGCUCGCUGGUUCCUCAAGCAAACGGGACGCUAUGGCACGCCCCUCGCAUACACUGUGGACGCGCUGUUUGUGCUGCUCUUCGUGCUGAUGCGGAUCUUUGUGGGAGGCACAAUGCUGUACUGUGAGCUGAUCUCGCCGAGGCCCAGAUUCUUCAUCAAGUGCGGAGGCGUGGCCAUGUACGCGCUAUCCUGGGUGUUCAUGGUGGACAUUGUUCGCUUCACCGUCCGCAAGAGCAAGAAUUGGCACAAGCAGCAGAGGGAACGAAAAGAGGCUGCUAAUGGUCACAAAGGAAAGAAGGACUGAAUGCUGACCACAGGGACAACUUCAAUGUAAUUGAGAUGAAUAUGUCCUCUGGGGAGUAAGAAAGGGGAAAAAAACACUUUAGGAUGUUGUUUGGUUGUUGUGUAAAAGGUACAGGCCAAACAUUACAGAGUUGGUUUACAGUAUGUGGUUGGAAACCAAAGCACUAACAGAUGUUGCACUUGGUUACAGUAACUGAGCAAAAAAAAACAAAAAAGUGACUCCCAUGGCAGCUACUGUUUGUGUACAAGAUCAUGUAAUGGAGCACAAUUUUUGUGUGAGUCAUUACAACCAAAACCUAAUACUGUUCACUUGAAGCCCCAAAGUUUGGUGUUCAACCAAAGUCUCUGCUACAAAAAUCCAUCAAAAGUUUGUAUAUCUUUGUUUUAUCACCAUACUGGAUAAUGACUAGUAUGAAAUUGACUAAGAGAACCUGCUAACAGUCUCUUGUUCCCUCAGUUAUGUCUGUCAGGCACCUUCCAAAAGUGAGCAAUUUUACUUUAGUUUUUUAAUGACGCUUUGUUGUGUCAGAAUGUUUUGACAAGGGAACAGAUUGAGUCUACUUAAUUAGGAAAAACAAUGGGUAGCACAAUCUAUAAUCAAGUGGCAGGUCUGCCUCACACUUGGGAGGUUCGGGUUUCAAAGCUGAGUGUUGGUCUUUCUGCAUGUUCGGCCUGUGUUUGCGUGGGUUUUCACCUGGUACUUCCUCCCACGCAAAAAAAAUAAUAAAAUAAAAUAAACAUGAGCAUCAUUGGGGAAGAGGAGUCAAAAACCAACCAGAACUGAACAACUGAACUUUAAUUGGGGUUAACCAGAGGCACAUCAAAUGGUGGCAGGUGUGUGCUGACUCCCAUUUAACAUGUUUAUUUCAAUGUUAUUGGUUAAUUUUUAACAGUCACAUACAAGUUAUAAGGUGUGUAACCACAUGAUCUCAGAUUUUUUACUACUUCUAUUGAAAAUUUAAAAAAAAAAUGGAGUUGUACAUGUUAUAGGGCACAACGGUGGAAAAGGGCUUUAUUUAUUUAUCGCCUUUUGAUAUCACAAACACCUGCCAUUUGUAGCCUUUUUUUUUUAAUCCACUGUUGGCGUGAAUGGUUGUGACAAUGAGGACAAGACCUAUAGAAAAUGGAUGGUAGGGGGGAAAUGUUUUUAAAUUAGACUAACUGGGAACUCUGUAACAGUGAAUGUAUAGGUCUAUCUUCGGCGCUUCCACUGUAUAUUAAGAAGAAGAAAAAAAACAAUGUUGCUCUUGGUUACAGUAAACACAGCAAAAAGUGUCUAAAAAUGUUGGGCACUGUUUGUUUACAACUUGUAAUCAUCUCAAUCCAUGUGUGAGUCAUUUUUAAAAUGUAUAUAUUUUUUUUUAUUGUAUGACACUGUGAACAGAUGUUGAGGUCUUACUCAGGGAGAAAGUUUAACUCAUUUAGCUUUUAAUCAUUCUUCUAAGCUUUUGUCUUAGUUCCUUUUUGUCCUUUUGCUCUGUAUUCUCUUAUGCAAUGGGAUGCUUUCCAUUUUGGUAAAACCAUAUUCUGACUUUUAUCAUUGGGUUAAAGACAUUUUUGAUUAAAGGUACUUUACUUGAGGGUGGUGAAGUGUUUGUUAUAUGGUGUACCUAAAGUUGUGUAUGGUGAAUGUAUGUAAAUCUGUUGUCUUCUACCUAAUUUUAGUGCAUUUUAAUUGGUGCAGUAACAUGCUAAAACACCUGUCCUUUCAUUGGUUUCAGCACAAGUCUGUUUACCCAGCUGCCAUUAUACCAAAUGCCAGGUGAGCAGCAUUGUGAAUCAAGCAAAAAGUUGAACUGGUUUGUGCCUUCCUUUUAGGAGUGUAUUGUCAUUUUUGAUUCUCUUCUGUAAAUCUCACAGCAUCAUUAAAGAUUUUGAUUUCCUGAA